CAGAAGUGGAGGAAGAUGAUGGGCUUGAAUAUGACCCUGGAGAUCUACAGCCCUCGCGUUGCUGUCCACAGAACCAAUGAGAAGAAGACAGACAGAGAGAGAGAGAGAGAGAGAGAGAGAGAGAUUGAGUGAGGGAUUGUGAGAGUGAGAGUGACAGAGAUAGGAUCUAGUGAGCGCUCGUCUGCACAGGCCUACUAGACAUCUUUUGGAUCCACCACUCUCUGCUUCCAAGGAGGUAAUAAGAGAUUGUGACCAGGAAAUCAAGACAUCAUGGAGUACACAUUUCGGGCCGUCACCCAGACUCCUGGGAUUAUUAUUUGGCGAAUAGAGAAAAUGGAGUUAGUUCUGGUUCCAGAGAAAUCCCAUGGAAAUUUCUUUGAGGGUGACUGCUACGUGCUCAUUUAUACCCGGAAGGUGAGUAGUGCUGUGUUCUAUGACAUCCACUACUGGAUCGGCUCCCAGUCCAGCCAGGAUGAGCAGGGGGCGGCCGCUGUGUACACCGUGCAGCUGGACGAGUUCCUGGGGUCCGGUCCGAUCCAGCACAGAGAGGUCCAGAACCAUGAGUCUGACACGUUCCGUGGAUACUUCAAACAGGGCAUCAUCUACAAGAAGGGUGGUGUGGCCUCAGGCAUGAGGCACACUGAGACAAACACCUACGACAUCCAGAGACUCCUACAUGUGAAGGGCAAGCGAAGAGUUACUGCAAUGGAGGUAGAGAUGAAGUGGCAAAGCUUUAACUUGGGCGAUGUGUUCCUGCUGGACACGGGCAAAGUCAUCAUCCAGUGGAAUGGCCCAGAGAGCAACAGACAGGAGAGGCUGAAGGGCAUGCAGCUGGCCAAGGACAUCCGUGACCGAGAGAGGGGGGGUCGGGCGGAGAUCGGGGUGAUCGAGGGCGAUGUGAAGGGGGACAGCCCCCACCUGAUGGAGGUCCUGAAAAGCACUCUGGGAGAGCAGACGGACAGGCUGUCCAGUGCAGUCCCUGAUGACACACCUGACCAGGAGCAGAAGUGCCAGCUCACUCUCUACCAUGUCUCAGAUGCUGAUGGUGUGAUGAAGGUGACAGAGAUCGGGGCUAGGCCACUCGUGCAGGAUUUAUUAAAUCAUGACGACUGCUAUUUCUUGGACCAGGGAGGGCUGAAGGUGUUUGUGUGGAAAGGGAAGAAAGCCACCAAGGCUGAGAGGCAGACUGCCAUGUCAAGAGCUCUGGAGUUUAUUAAGCUGAAGGGGUAUUCCCACACCACCAACAUUGAGACGGUGAACGACGGGGGAGAGUCUGCUCUCUUCAAGCAGCUCUUCCAAAGCUGGCGGGUCAAAGGGCAGACGGUUGGCCUAGGGAGAACACACUCAGUGGGGAGAGUGGCCAAAGUGACCCAGGAGAAGUUUGAUGCCAGCAGGAUGCACGUGAUGCCAGAGAUUGCUGCCCAAGAGCGCAUGGUGGAUGAUGGGAGCGGAGUAGUGGAGGUAUGGCGGAUUGAGAACCUGGAGCUGGUCCCUGUGGAGCCCGAGUGGCAUGGCUACUUCUAUGGCGGGGACUGCUACCUCAUCCUGUACACCUAUCAAGUUAACAUCAGGAAGAACUACAUGCUCUACAUAUGGCAGGGCAGACACGCUACGCAGGAUGAGCUGGCGGCCAGCGCCUUCCAGGCUGUGGAACUUGACCAGAAGUACAAUGACGAGCCUGUCCAGGUGAGGGUGACCAUGGGCAAGGAGCCCAGGCACUUCAUGGCCAUGUUCAAGGGCAAGAUGGUCAUCUUUGAGGGUGGCACCUCUAGGAAAGGGGGUUCAGAUCCAGAGCCGCCAGUGCGACUGUUCCAGGUCAGCGGUUCUGACCCGUCCAACACCAAAGCCAUCGAGGUCCCCGCCCUGGCUGGCUGCCUCAACUCCAAUGAUGUUUUUCUGCUAAAGAGCCAGACUGGUAUUUACCUGUGGUGUGGAAAGGGCUCCAGUGGUGAUGAGAGAGCCAUGGCCAAAGAGAUCAGCAAGGUCAUUGGACAGGACAAUGCUGCAGAGGAGACCAUCGCAGAGGGACAGGAGCCUGGGGAAUUCUGGGUGUUGUUGGGAGGCAAGACCCCGUAUGCAAAUGAUAAGAGACUGCAGCAGGCCUCAAUGGAUCAUCAGCCACGCCUCUUUGAAUGCUCCAAUAAGACAGGGCGAUUUACUGUCUCCGAGGUUACGGAAUUCACUCAAGAUGACCUCAGCGAGGAUGACGUCAUGCUUUUAGACACAUGGGAUCAGGUCUUCCUGUGGGUGGGUAACCAGGCCAAUGAGGAGGAGCGUAAGGAGUCGGUGGUAACCUGUAAGGAGUACCUGCAUACCCACCCUGGCUCCCGCGACCCUGACACCCCCAUCCUGCUGGUCAAGCAGGGCUUUGAGCCCCCCACCUUCACUGGCUGGUUCUUGGCCUGGGACCCUGCCAAAUGGAGCGGAGGGAAAACGUAUGAACAGCUGAAGAUGGAGCUAGGGGAAGUGACAUCACUGACCAGAGUGCCUGAAGAGGACGGCAGCGCAGAUAGCAAUAUCACCUACAAGAGCUUCCCUGCGGAAGAUCUUAUCAACAAACAACCCGAAGAGCUCCCUGAGGCAGUGCACCCUGCCCACAAAGAGAAACACCUUUCGGACACAGACUUCCAGGCUGUAUUUGGAGUGUCUAAAGACCAAUUUGCCAAUAUGCCACCCUGGAAGCAGAUCAGCUUGAAGAAGGGGAAGGGAUUGUUUUAAUUACAUGCAUUGUAAUGGGAUUUUGUGAUUUAAUUAUCAACGUCCCAAACCUUUGUCAGUCUGUUGUUUUUUAUCAUUUUAAUUAAGAGACUCAAUAGCAUUUGAAAUAUAUAAAAUAUCUGAUAUGUAAAGCCAACAUUGUUUUAAUGAUAUUGCCCUGCUUUCCUCUUUACACCAACAAACCAAUGAUAUCAACUGGCUGUAUGCAUAUGAAUAUAUGAAAAACACAUGAUUCCACUACCUGCCCUUGUAGCCUGUAUAACCUCAGAGCUAACUUUGCCCUAUGAUGUCAAUCUUACAUGUUUUACAUUAUGUUUUCUCAUGUGUGGUGAUUGAGAGGUAGUAAUUUAUUGGUUGAUUUAGCCAUCGACAUCAUGACCAUUUCUUGUUUGUCUACAGUCAUAGUACAUUUGCCAUUUUAAAAUCUGUUCAGAUUCUUUUGAUAGAAUCGUCUUAAUAUAACUGAAUAAAACCACAUCCACAUUCAUAUUGUAUGUUUUAUUUUACUUGAUUCACUGAAAUGUGAAAAAAAUAUGAGAUGGUGGAUUUAUUGAAGGACCUUCACCUUGACUUCAUUGUUCCAAUAAAUCUAAUCUAAUCUUCAAUCUAAAUUAGGAGGACAAUCAGCAAUCAGAAAAACAACAUUUUCAUAACAUGCUAAAUAAAGUAUUUAAGAGCAGUUCA